ACUGGCUGUGUGAGGAGUCUCACGUAGAACACUAGCUUGGGGGGCUGGAGAAGUAACUGCACAAGGGGGGCGGAGGAGAAAAAGAUUGCACGUAUAAAAUACCAGCCGGGGCCUGGGGCCUCACAUUUUGCAGGAACAGGCGUGUAAUGACGGACGUCAGUGGCGGAAAUCAGCUAUAGGAGACAAGAGUUUUUCAGUUCAUCACGGUCUACAUGAUGAAAAUUCACCUAGUAUUGCCCCUUUUGGGGCUUCUUUCAUUAAGUUGUGCACACACAGACUUCUUCACCUCAAUUGGUCACAUGACAGAUUUGCUAAACACAGAGAGAGACUUGGUUGCAUCACUGAAAGAUUAUAUUAAGGAGGAGGAGCUGAAAUUGGCACAGAUCAGAAAAUGGGCAGACAAAUUAGAUCAUCUGACAGACACUGCGACAAAGGACCCAGAGGGAUUCUUGGGACAUCCAGUCAAUGCUUUCAAGCUGAUGAAGAGGCUCAAUACAGAAUGGGUUCAAUUAGAGAAUCUGGUGCUAAAAGAUAUAUCUGAUGGCUUUAUUUCUAACCUUACCAUUCAGCGCCAGUAUUUCCCAAAUGAUGAGGACCAGACUGGUGCUGCCAAGGCUCUAAUUCGUCUGCAAGACACUUAUAACCUUGACACAGACACCAUCUCCAAGGGCAACCUUCCAGGUGUUAAGCACAAAACUUCUUUAACAGCUGAAGACUGUUUUGAUUUGGGUAAAAUUGCUUACACGGAGGCUGAUUACUACCAUACUGAGCUAUGGAUGGAGCAGGCUUUACGCCAGUUGGAUGAAGGAGAAGAGUCUUCUGUUGACAAGGUCAUGGUUCUAGAUUAUCUUAGUUAUACUGUGUACCAACAAGGGGACUUGGACAAAGCUCUGAUGCUAACCAAGAGAUUGCUACAGCUGGAUCCUGAGCAUCAAAGAGGGAAUGGCAAUCUGAGAUACUUUGAAUAUAUCAUGUCAAAAGAGAGUAACAAAUCUAGCUCUAGCCUUUCUGAGGGCGAAGAAGUCAGAACAAGAAAAGGUCGGCCCAAAGAUCACCUUCCUGAGAGACAGAAAUAUGAGAAGCUGUGUCGUGGAGAGGGUGUCAAAAUGACUCCCCGCAGACAAAAGAGACUUUUCUGCCGCUAUUAUAAUUGUAACCGAGACCCAUUAUUCAUCCUGUCUCCUACAAAGCAAGAAGAUGAAUGGGACAAGCCACGCAUUGUGCGUUACCAUGAUAUUAUCUCUCAUGAGGAGAUUUCAAAGGUUAAGGAGCUGGCAAAGCCAAGGCUGAGGCGAGCCACCAUUUCAAACCCUAUCACAGGAGUCCUGGAGACGGCUCACUACAGAAUUAGCAAAAGACGGGCUACUGUGCAUGACCCUCAGACAGGAAAGUUGACCACUGCUCAAUACAGAGUCUCUAAGAGUGCCUGGCUGUCUGCUUAUGAGGAUCCAGUCGUUGCACGUCUCAAUAAUAGGAUUGAAAGAGUAACAGGACUGGACAUGUCUACAGCAGAAGAACUGCAGGUGGCCAAUUAUGGAGUUGGAGGCCAGUAUGAGCCCCACUUUGAUUUUGGAAGGAAAGAUGAGCCAGAUGCCUUUAAAGAACUUGGAACGGGCAACAGAGUUGCUACUUGGCUAUUUUAUAUGAGUGAUGUGGAAGCAGGUGGCGCUACAGUAUUUCCAGAAGUAGGAGCAGCUGUAUAUCCUAAAAAGGGUACAGCGGUCUUCUGGUACAAUCUUUUUGAAAGUGGUGAAGGCGAUUAUAGCACAAGGCACGCAGCCUGUCCCGUAUUAGUUGGAAAUAAGUGGGUGUCCAAUAAAUGGAUACAUGAGCGGGGUCAGGAGUUCCGAAGACCGUGUAAUUUAUCAGAGUUGGAAUGAUACAACUUUUUUUUUUUUUUUUCCUGGGAAACCAAUUUCACAUCCACAAAAUUUCCCAUACAUUCAAUGUUUGUGCAGUUUGCAAGCAACCAACCCCAGUCUACUAGUCUUAAGAACUCUGUGGGGGGGAGAAGGACAUUAAUGUUGAAUAAAGUGUCUGAAACUUCUAUUGUGUGUCCCCCCCCAAAAAAAGACCGGAUAAAACUGGAUACAAAAUGCAUUGCUGUGAUCUGUAUUUCCCUAAUGUUGGAAACCUGCUUCUACUCCAAAAGAUUAUUGCCAAAGGGUGCCAGAUAACCAAGCUUAAUAUAACUACACAACAAGGACAAGAAUCAGCCAGAGAUUAAUGGAACAGAAAUAGCCUUACAUGAUCAAAGUUGUGUUAUUGGAAAAAUGAAAUGUUCAAGUUUCAUUCUACAUUUAUGGUUGAGCUUUUAUGGUUAAAGUGACUUCAUACUAAACAAUUAUUCUCUUGAUGAGCAAGGCAAGAGAAACUUAACUGAAAAUGGUCUGAAAUGAAUGCCAAGCAAUCUGCUACUCUCUUUUGACAAUAUGGUCAUUGUGGGCAAAGUUUCAAUAGGGUUUGUGAGAAAAGCCAGUGGAACGGUAUUAAUGGUAUUAAUCUUAGAAUAAAUACGGUGUGCAGAUAAAUAACCCCACGUGCAAUGAAAGUAUGCCUACGUUAUAGUUAAGAGGUACAGCAGUAUAGACCAUCCUUAUUUGUAUUAUCUAGGUCUCUUUUGAAAGACUUUUUCAAACCAGACUUUAGAAUUUAUGAGGCUGAAAGCAUUUUGCUGUGAAAAUUUGACACAAACGGCAUAUAAAUCAUCUCUCUAAAUCCCCAUACCUUUUUCUUUCUAUAAACGUUAUUGCUUUUACAUUUUUCUUUAACCCCAGGAGUGUGGCUCUGCUAAUUAACUUCCAGCAUUUGAAAUGGAAUCGGACCGGGCAAGUUACUGUUGUGUUAUUCACUGCCAAAAAAACUUCUGCUUGUUAAAGUGCUCUUAAUGUUGUGUCAGCCUGAGUAAUACGCAAUCUUUUUAAAAUUCUCCCUCACAAGCUCCAGUCUGCUAAUGGAAAGCAUUCCCUUUCUGUACAUUGGCUUUAAAAGUAAAAAGAGCCAGUAACCUGUAAUGUGCAUGUUUAUUGGCCAGCAGGAGGCGUUGUGCAAUACUUUUGGUUCAAGACCUUUAGGAAAAAUGACAAGUCCAGGUAUAAUACAUAACAAACUUCAAUGGCAUAUUUAAAAAAAAAAAAAAACACAAUGCCUUUUUCUGUUGUGUUAAAUUGCCUUUGCUAUUUGGAUAUCAGGAAAUGCACUGGUGCAGAUUAUUGGCUUUUUUUUUUUUUGCUAUGUGUUACAGUUCAGUGCCUUAGCUUUCCUAAGACUGGACCACAAAUCAAUUCAUAACAUUUUCCUUCCCUUGCACCUUUCAAUGGAUCCUUCAUUAUUCUGACCUACACGUGUUCCAUCUACUCAACUGAGCUUUGAUUGGAUACAGUUUCUUUUUAUUUUUUACUUCCCUCACAGAACAGAUCAUAUUUCUAUUUCAGAGCAUUUUGUGGCAAUGAAAUUUGACCUAUUUAUAAUCCAAUUUAAAUGCUUUUUUAUUUUUUUUUGUAUUGUUGUAUUUUGCGGGGAAAUGAAAUGUGCUGCAUUAUAACAAAAGUGAGAUUAUGUCCGUGUUAUGGUCACAAUAACAUUUCCUAAUGCCAUGUGCUACAUCCUCUCCCUAAUUAUAUUUCUAUUAAAUUUAUAAAAAAUCAA